AUCUUAUUUAAAUCGAUGUAAUUACAUUAUCACAUAUUCUAUAUAUUAUAUUUUAAAGAUUCAAUUUUAAAACCUUCACAUCCACACGUCUGCAUGAUCCCCAGACACAGCCGGCUACACCAGCCAGCUGUUGGAUUAUUGCCACAGCACUAUCUCAUCGGGGAAGGCGUGUCACUCCCCGAAUUACUCAGCGCCCCUUUGUCCUCGGUCGGUGCCCAGCCAGCGACACUCAUGGCGGCUGCACCCGUCAGGCAGCGCUCCGGGUCGGUGGGACCCCGGGCGCAGCUCCCGCCCUGCUACUACGAAGGAUACCUGGAGAAGCGAGGGCCGAAAGAAAAGGCUUCCAGGCGGCUGUGGACCUGUCUGUGCGGGAAUUCAUUGUUUUUCUUCAAUAAUGCCAAGGAUGCUCAUUACGUGGAGAAGCUGGACCUCGGUGGGUUUGUGUCCCUGAAGGACGACUGCAGCCGGGACAGAAACCUGGAGGCAGCCAGACUCAUCCUGCGCAUGAAGGAUGGAGAGACCAAGCUCACAGCGCCGAACUUGGAAUCAAGGGAGCUGUGGAAAGGGUUCCUCUACUCUGUUAUAGAUCUGAAUGUCCCGUCCUGCCUGACGCUGCUGCCGGGCCAGCUCCAGAUGCUGAAGGAGGUGGUGGACAAAGAGAGGUCCAGGAGGAGAACCCGAACCCCCACACGAGCUCCUCCCUCGCCCCUCUCUGUGCCUUUAGUGGGAGAGAUCCCACCGUGUUUCCGCCCGGUGUCUCGAACAGAGGCUGAAGUCCUCUUGGAGAGGCACCCAGACUGUGGCAACAUGUUGCUCCGUCCCGGCAGAGACGGGUGCUCGCUGGCUGUCACAACUCGGCAGGACCUCAACGGGUCGGUGUUCAGACAUUACCGCGUGACUCAGAGGGACCAAGGUGGUUACGUCAUUGAUGUAGAAAACCCUAUCCCCUGUGCUGACCUUCACGAGGUCAUCGACGCUCUGGUAGAGAAGACAGCAGGAACUCUGCAGCCCUUCCUCCUGGAGGAGCCGUAUGAGGAGAACAUCACGUACGUUUCGGCCAACGAUGAGAACGGAGAGAGGAUCCUCCACACCGCCCCCUCCAGCCCGCUGCCCAAGGCCCCCGCCCUGCCUCCAAAACAAGAUCGUUGGCCCGGCAGCCCCUUGUCCAGGUCUCCCGCCCCUGACCGCCGUAUCCUGACUUCCCCAGUGCCGGCCUCGCCCACCAACCCGAUGAGACGACUCAUCCUCUCCCCCUCACCUCUCGCACAGACACUCAACGAGGAGCUCAAAGUGAAGCUGGAGAAGAGACGAGCCAGUCAGGAGUGACCCGCUCGCGAAGGAGCGACCUCCUGUCACAGCACACUUGAUCUUCAGUGCCAAACCCCUUCUCACCGCAGCUAUGUACUCAUCUUGUGCCUUCUAGGUGGAAGACAAGGGACUACAAAUACCGCCACUUUCUCAAAGGAAGAUACAAAAUGCUCUUAGUCUGAUUGUUUUUGGUCUGAUGAUAAAAGACUGGCUGGUAAACACUGGAUUUGGGUCAUAAACUACAUUAAAUGCUGCCUGCCUCGGUUGGGGCAACACUCCACCAGUGCUUUGUCUACUUGCAUAACGCUGUUUACAAACUGACUGAGCAAAAAAAAAAAUAGGGACACAAGAAAUCAUUUUCCUUCAGCAUAAAGUCCAAGAAAACACUGAAUCCGUAUGACAGAUCUUUGUGGCGAAGCGCUGACACGUGCCGGACCACCAGCUCAGCCUGAUGUUUUCUGUCUGAGGCCCCUGAAGCUGCUGAUGAAACUGCUGCAACACUGGAGACUAAGAACAAACAAACACAGACUCGCAAGAUUAACACUGGAACAACAAACUCUGACCUGGGACCUCAGAUACUUUAUCAGCUCUGAAAGUGAAAAAAGCUCGACACGAGCUUGAACGUGAGACAGGAAUCGUCUGAAACUGAAAACUACACGAUCUCUGCCUGCUGCUCCCGAGUGCUGUUUGUGAUUGAUAAGCAACCUGUGAUGUAUCGUUGAUUCAGUGACACCAUUGUGACUCCUGUAGGACUCAACUUUAACUGUACUGUCGGUGCUCAUUUGAAAGUGUUUCCUUAUUCUCUGCUGUUGUGUUCCUGUCGGUGCUAUGACACACCAGUGCUCAGACCUACCUGGAAACCCCAGGUGAUUUUCAGUUCCUCUUCAAGAAACCCAAUCGGCCGUGUUCGUAUGUGAGGGGUGCCCUCUGGUGGAGCGUCUGUCGUCUAAAGGGGCGAAAUAUUUGCAGCACAAUGUCUUCGCAGGCGUUCACUUGGCAAAAACCGGCCCGUUUAUGAUGCAGACGCAACCUGGCAAAGACUUUUGGCUUCAUCACAGCAUUACACCACGCCCUACCUCUAAUAACAAAAUUAUAAUUUAUUACAGAGCUCAAGGUGUUGAAACAUGAAACAAGUAUUUCUGGACGGGGAACUCAUGUAUGUGACAUUUCUGUCAUCUGGCCAGUCCUUACAGAUGUGAUGUGUCUGAGUACUAGUGGCAAACUGUGAUCAAGUGUCUUCUUACAAUGAACGGUUUCUUGUAUGUUUGUACAUGACGUGUUGUGUCUACUCGAUCAAUAUCAAAGAAUAGUGUUUGUUAGAUAACAGGGGCAUUAAAUUGUUUUGCAUGGA